GCUCCAAGACGGCCCUGUUAAUAAAAACCCCCCUCUCCUUUUGCCACGUGGAUCCAUUACAAACAUCUUUUUGGAUCCCCCAAGGGCCAAUGUCACGUAUAAAAAUGUGCAUUUAGCCAUUUAGGCAAGCAUUUCAAAAACCCUACCAAUCUCUUCUGCCAUGGAGCACUGGACCCGAGGACCGACCGUCGGCCGCGGCUCCACCGCCACAGUCUCCCUCGCCGCCAGCUCCGAUGGCGAACGAUUCGCGGUAAAGUCAGCCGAGCUCUCCAGCUCGGCUCUUUUGCAGAAGGAGCAAUGUUUUUUGUCCAAGCUUGGUUCCCCCCAUAUAGUCAAGUACUUGGGCUAUAAUGUCAGCAUUGAAAACAACAAGCCUAUGUACAAUCUCUGCAUGGAGUACGUACCCGGCGGUACGCUUUUCGACGCGAUUAGGAGGCGGGGAGGCCGGCUAGAGGAGGCCGUCAUUCAAUUGUACACGCACCAGAUUGUGCAAGGAUUGGAGUAUUUGCAUGUCAAUAAAUUGGUACACUGUGACAUCAAGAGCCAAAACAUUUUGGUGACCGGAGAGACCGCCAAAAUUGCCGAUUUGGGUUGCGCUAAAUUGGUACAAGGGGUUGAGGCAUGUACUACUAUUUCGGGUACGCCGGUGUUUAUGGCGCCGGAGGUUGCCCGUGGCGAAGAGCAGGGGUUUGAGGCUGACAUAUGGGCUCUUGGGUGCACGAUUAUUGAAAUGGCAACCGGUGGCGGGCCUUGGCCGGAGAUUAAUGAUCCGGUUUCAGCUCUCUACAGAAUUGGAUUCUCCGGCGAGCUGCCGGAGAUUCCAAGCCAGCUUUCGAGCAAGGGUAAGGAUUUCUUAAGCAAGUGUUUGAUGAAGGAUCCAAGAGAGAGGUGGACAGCUAAGCAGCUCCUUGAUCAUCCAUUUCUUGAACAGCAUUUGGGGUCCAAGUUUAAUACAGAGCAAGUAAUGGGGUCUCCAAUUAGUGUGUUGGAUCAAGGCCUUUGGGAUUCUUUUGAAGCGUCUGAAAGUCCAAUGGAAUUGCUAUCUGUUGAAGGUGUUUGUUUGAAUUCCCCAACAGAAAGGAUCAAGAAACUGAUUGGAUUUUCGACAUUUUCGAAUGUACCCAACUGGGAAUUUGAUGAAAAUUGGUGCACUGUUAGAAGCAACAUCGAUGAAGAAAUCGAAAACUUUGUGGUUUCAAACAACAAUGUUGUCUCAGAUGAAGAAGUGUUUGCUGCAAAUUCUUCAACUGUGGCUUCAAUUGUUCUUGAAGAGAUUGAGAGUAUACACUGUGAUGAGGAUUUAGAUUUUGAAUUUAUGAUUAGUAACAGUACGACAGAAGUUUCUUUUGUAUCAAACAAUCUUGAAAUUGAAUCAGAUCAUCCAAAUUUUGAUUUUAUUCACUCCCAUUGUUUUGCGUCUAUUUUGUUUUAGUUUUAUUAGUUUUAA